CUAUUGUGCUUGCACUCUUCUUUCCAUUUUUGUUCUAUGUAGAUCCCUUCUAAUGUUCCUGCUUUCGUCAUUGUUAUGCAGAUGCUUACAGCGCUUCCCUUUAUGGUGUUGUAUUGCUAAAUAAAAACUGAAGAAAAAAAAUCGGACACUACUUCCGCAGAGAACUAAGCUUCGCUUUCUGGAAAGUGAAACUCACUUUGAGGACAGCGAGAGAGAAGACCAGCUUACCUCGGUCGUCGUCUUUAACGAUUGAAUCCACGAGAGAUGGACAGACGUCAAUUGUUAAGUGACCAAGAUGAUUUUCCAGGCCAGCAAUAUCAAAGUGCCUCGGGUCCAGGAUAUGGUGGCCCGAACGGGCCACAGGAUGGUGGGGCAUCGGCGCCCCCUUCAGAUACGAUGGACACGGUGCCAGGUUAUGAGGGCACCGGACUGGGAGGAAAUGACCUGCCUUACCAGGGCCCACCUCAGACUCCAGGACCCAGAAUGCCCGGGCCCCAAGCCGGCGACUGGCAAAUUCCCUCCAUCAGUGAGGAAGUGGCUCGAGAGGCGUUCCUGGAGUACGCAGGCAGCCAGUGCUGCUACAGCAGCAAGCCAGUGAAGGAGAUGGUGUUCAGUGACCUCCAGCCCCAUAACACAUACAGGUACCGGCUGGAGACCUUUACCGAAUCCCGCUCUACCGAGUGGGCAAGUGAGCCAUACACGGGUCAGGUGGUGGAUGGGUUUAUGGGUGUGGCUCCGGGACCCUGGGAAAUCCCCGUCAGCUUCCCAACCUUGUUUCAGAAAAGCAAAAAGGAGGUCCGUGUUCCCCACACCUCUUCUGUAAAGGGUUGCCACACAUGCAUGUCUCUGGGCAAAAUUCCUUGUAAGAAGUGUGUGACAUCAGGAAUGGUGCAGUGCUGGGUGUGUCACGGUUCUGGCAGGAACGCAGACGACCGCUGCCACUCCUGUAACGGGUCAGGCCGAGCCCGGUGCACUGCCUGCUCCGGUGUCGGCUCAAAGGCCUGCAAGACCUGCAAGGGGAGAGGACAGCUGCUCUGCUUCAUCAAGCUGGUGGUGAAAUGGAACAAUAACAUGUUUGAGAAGGUGGUCGACAAGCAGUCGGGGUUGCCGAUGGACCUGAUCAGUGCGGUCACCGGGGAGAUGCUGUUCUCUGACAUGCAGCCUAUGGUCUAUCCAGUGACUGGUUUCCCGGAUCACGCCAUCAGCCAAGCAGCAGAAAGGGGUGUGAGAGAGCACCAGGCCCAGUACUUCUCCUCCUGUCGCAUCCUGCAACAGAGGCAGACCAUCGAGUUGAUCCACAUCACGCGCGUGCAUUACAGCUGGAAGGAGAAGACCCACAUCUACUUUGUUUACGGGGCCGAGCACAAAGUGUACACUGAGGACUACCCUGCGAAGUGCUGCUGCUGCACCCUGCUGUGAGCCUGCCGCGCGCACUCAGUGGCCACGUCCCCCGAGCUGCGCUGCCGCUAGGCCAGCUAGCGCACGCUAGGUCUCCCUCAACCGUCCCUCAUCCUCCUCCUUCCACCUUUGGCCUCCUUCUAAUCUGUUUGGUCCUCGUCAGGUCACGGGACCUAAAGGAGGUGGAAAAAUACGGCCCUCUGGAAAUGUGACGUUAAUGCCAAAGAAAUUCGCUGUAAGGGAGCAGACAUGGGCCAGCAGUCUGAAUCUUUAACAUGAAUCACGAACCAGUAGUCCGAAUCUUUAACAUGAAUCAUGGGCCAGCAGUUUGAAUCUUUAACAUGAACUGUGGGCCAGCCGAGUGAAUCUUUACCAUGAAUUAUUGGCCAUUGCAGUUACUGAAAUGAUUACACAACACUUAAUCAAUUGGGGCACAUAAGCGCUUACAUUCCUUGGUCAAUGAAAAUAGAGUCUUUGUCUUCUUCAAUAUAAAAUAGCUAUAAAAUUAUUAAUUGUUACAAUUUACAUUAUCUUUGUAAUCAUCUUUCAGAGUAUGAUAGUAUAUGCACUGUUUAUUGAUAGUUUACUGUCAUGACUAUAAGUGGCUUCAGUGCCUCUCAUAAGCAUAUGCUCUUUGUCCAAUAUGGGAGUGUGCUUCAGCAGGAAGGGAAAUUUUUGUACCAAAGAUUAGUGUACUUCAGAGUGUUUUAUCAUAAGUUUUAAGUGUAUGGCUUAUUUGUUAAUUCAUAGGUUUUCAAGAAACAAAUUGUAUGUUCUAAUAAAUGUGUGCUUGUGCAAUAUACAUGCAAUAUUUCAUUUGAACUUAACAUUUUGCUUUGAUUCUUGCUUAUAAUUAUUAAAUAUUGUAUGAAGGUUGGACAGAAA